AUGCCGCCUGCAGGCAGGGCGGCUGCGGAGCCCACUGAAACCCGCCCGCACCCGGCCCGCUCCGGCCCGCGCGGCUCCGGCGGCACAGGGCUCGCCUGCUGCCUGCGGGUCAUGGCUCCGACCGGGAAGGCCCGACUCUCUUCGGGCCCCAAACCCGAGGCGGCCUCGCCGGGCCUGCGCCAGGGAGAAAAAGAGCAACAAGAAGCAAUUGAACACAUCGAUGAAGUACAAAAUGAAAUAGACAGACUUAAUGAACAAGCCAGUGAAGAAAUAUUGAAAGUAGAACAGAAAUAUAACAAACUCCGCCAACCAUUUUUUCAGAAGAGGUCAGAAUUGAUCGCCAAAAUCCCAAAUUUUUGGGUAACAACAUUUGUUAAUCAUGAUUUGACGAAACGUUCAAGUCAAACGCAGAAUAAAGCCAGUAGGAAGAGGCAGCACGAAGAGCCCGAGAGCUUCUUUACUUGGUUCACUGAUCACUCAGAUGCAGGUGCAGAUGAGCUAGGAGAAGUCAUCAAGGAUGACAUCUGGCCCAACCCACUGCAGUACUAUCUGGUUCCUGACAUGGAUGACGAGGAGGCCGAGGGAGAAGAGGACGAUGAUGACGAGGAGGAGGAGGAGGGGCUAGAGGACAUCGACGAGGAGGGUGAUGAGGAUGAAGGCGAGGAGGAUGAGGAUGACGAAGAGGGCGAGGAAGGCGAGGAAGACGAAGGAGAAGAUGACUAACUGAAUACUGACGGAUUCCAACCUUCUUGUUUUUCCUUUUUUU